AUGAGAAAUCACGAAAAUCGACCCACUAGGUCUAUACCAUUGCCUAAAGAGGAUGAGAUAUAUUCCCAUUAUGCUAAUCAUGGAAAAGGUUGUAGUCAUAUUCGUGGUCGUGGCCAUAUCCAAGGAAGAAAAUUUCAUGGUGUUAAUCAUCCUCCACCGAAAAAUAACUUCCAAAAAUGGAAAGGGAAAGAUGAGAAGCGAAACACAGAGGGUUCAGAAACUAAAUGCUAUCAUUGCGGUGGAAAAGGGCAUUGGGCAAAAAUUUAUCGCGUACCAAAACAUUUGAUUGAACUUUAUCAAGCAUCUCUGAAGAAUAAAGGCCCUAAAGCCAAUCUUGUCUAUGACAAUGAAUUUGACAUCACCCACUUGGAUGUGGCAGAUUGUUUUGAGCACCCUAAUGAAAAAAUAAACCACUUGAUCGGUGAUGGAUAUGUGGUUAGAGAUGAUUGA